GGAUUUUAAAUAUAUUUCUGUAAAGUAACAAUUUAGUUCCACAAAACUUUCACAAAAUGUUGUCCAAUACAUUAAAAUUGUGUUUAGGCACAAAAAUUCUUUCCUCUUUGCAUUUACGAAAAGUAAGCUCAGUUGUGACUUCUGAGAAGUUUGAAGACGUUACUACUUACAACGAAACGCCAUUGGAUUAUACUGAGGACUCAAAAGAAUGGAACGAUUUAAAAAAAAUGCUUGAAACUGUUUCGUGCGCAUGUACAGAAAUUCCAAUUGUUAUCAAUGGAGAAGAACAUAAAACUAAAAAUGUACGUUACCAGGUAAUGCCUCAUAAUCACAAACUAAAGGUGGCCAAAUACUACCUUGCCGAUGGACCACUUAUAGAAAAGGCAAUUCAUGUUGCAACAAAGGCAUACUUUGACUGGAAUAGUAAAUCAUUUAGUGAUCGCAUUGCUAUUUGGGAAUGUGCUGCACAUAUGAUGGGAACCACUUUUCGUGCUGAUUUGGUGGCCAAUAUAAUGCUUGGACAAUCUAAAACUAUUGUUCAGGCUGAGCUCGAUACCGCCGAAUUGAUUGAUUUCACUCGUAUGAAUACACAUUUUAUUAAAAAAAUAAUGAGUUAUGAGCCAUUAACUGAUAAACCAGAAUGCGUGAAAAAUCAUGUCAAGUUUCAUGGAUUAGAGGGUUUCGUGGCCACAAUGAGUCCGUUCAAUUUUACCUCAAUUGCCGGUAAUCAAGCUUUUACACCAGCGCUUAUGGGUAGCUGCGUUGUUUGGAAACCUUCCGAACUAGCCAUGCUGUCAAACUAUCGUGUAUUCGAUAUUAUGCGACAAGCUGGUGUGCCAGAUGGUGUUGUUAAUUUUGUACCGGCUAAUGCAGAAAUUUUUGCAAAGAUUGCCACAUACAAUGAAAAUCUUGCCGCUAUCAAUUUUACUGGGAAACAACACCAUUUUAAUAAAUUUUAUAAGCAAGUGGCUAGUCAUAUUCGAUGGUAUAAGAACUAUCCACGCAUGAUUGGUGAAUGUUCCGGUAAAAAUUUUCACUUUGUACAUGUAUCAGCAGAUGUGGAAACAGUUGUGGCAGCCACCAUACGCUCAGCUUUUGAGUACAGUGGUCAGAAAAAUGCAGCAUGCUCGUGCCUAUUCGCUCCGGCAUCACUAUGGGAAUCAACACUCAAGUGUGCCUUAAUAGAGAAAACGCAGAAACUCAAGGUUGGUGAUGUUUUAGAUAGAAAGGCAUUCCUAUCUGCUGUUAUCAAUGACAAUUCAUUCCUGCGUUCGGCAAAGUAUAUAUAUGACGCAAAAAUGAAUAAAAAAUGCGAAGUUAUAGCUGGCGGAGAUUUUUCAAACGUGAACGGAUACUUCGUAGAACCAACCAUUGUUGUGGUUAAAGAUUUGACGGAACCGAUAUUCGUAGAUCAAAUAUUUGGACCAGUAUUAGCGGUUUAUGUAUACGAAGACGAUAAGUUGCAAGAGAUAAUUUGUCAUAUCAAUCGAUCUCCAUAUGGCUUAACUGGCUCUGUGUUUGCUAAAGAUGAAGAGUUUUUAAAACAAGCAGUGAACAGUUUUAAAUUAGUAGCAGGUAAUUUAAAUUUGAAUGAUAAGUCAACAGGAUCGCUUUGUGGUCAACAACCAUUUGGUGGAGCCAGAAGAUCAGGUACUAAUGAUAAACCAGGAGGACCACAUUAUAUACUACGUUGGACAAAUCAACAAAUUAUAAAGGAAACCUUUGUGCCCAUGACUGAGAUUUAUUAUCCUUCUAUGUUGGAUGGAGAAAAAACCGAAAAACCUGAAGAAACAUGUACAGACUAAUGUUUUUUUUGUAGCUUUCAUAUAUCU